AUGAAGAAGUUAUCAGUUUACUUCUUAUUGAUAUUGAUGAUUGCCAUGACAUGUAAUAGUUGUUUAACCAAAUUAGUUUAAGAGCAAAUUAAACUUGGAAGCUAUGUUCAAAUGCAUGAUCUAGAAAAAGUGGGUUCAAUGGAGUUCACCAAUCUAAAUUGUGACUAAGACUUACUUAAAUUGCAGCAAUCCUUACAAACUUGGAUAGAAAUAUUAAAAAAUAAAGAUUAUUUAGAGGAUGAUGUGAAUAAUCUAUCAGCAUUGAAACUCGUUAUUGCAAAUAUAAAAAACAAUCAGAAUCCAGAAUUGCCAAAACUCUUCUAAUACAAGCAAUCCUAUGUUGAACUAGUAAAUUCAAUCGGUUCAACUGAACAAACAGCAUUUGAUUAAUGGAGACAAGAAGGACCAUACAAGCUAAUUCAAUCAAUCAAUCUCAUUGAACAAGCUGAGUCAUCCUAAGAUAUCCUGGAGUAUUGCACUCAACUUGAUUCGAUGAUCAAUCUUCUCAUUAAUGAGAGAGAAGAAUUAAAGCAACAAAUUAACACAUCACAAUUGGUAGUUGACUAACUGGAGCAAAAGUCAAAGGAAGUGUAACAAGCACUUGAGCAAUGCAAAUUACAAUCAUAAUAAAAGCCAUAAGUCAAUCAGCCAGAAAUCUAGUAGCCAAUUAAAAUUGAAGACAACGGAUUAAUACAUGAGUCAUCUGUGGAUCAGGAGAAACCAGUAUUUGAAAACACUAUAGAAAAAGAGUAAGAGUUCAUAGAAUAUGGGUAUGGAUAUUGGUCAAGAUUUUUGACUCUCUAUCCAAAACGAUUAGAAAAUGGAAAGGAUGCACCUUGGUAUUUUUUAAGUAGAUUAACUUCAAAUAAAAAUUAUUAAAAUAUUGCUAUGAAUGACAGACUAUUGGCAAUAUGGUUAGGCUAGGGAUUCUAUCAUUUCACUACAUGUGAUGAAAUAUAGAAUCAACCCAAUGUAGUUUAAAAUAUCAAUCAUCAUGAUGACAUUGAAGGGUAAUGGACUUAUAUUUAUUAUUCAUACAAUUCUGUUUCAAAAUAAGCAGUUGCAAUUAUUCAAUAUGGUCAAGAAUAACCAUAAUAAAUUACUCACAAUGUUCUACAUACAAAGUCUAAAUACUUAAGAUUCCUAGUUGGUGGUAAAGACAAUAAUUAAUAUCCUGGAUUCAAUGGGUAAUUUUCAUCAAUAUUCUUAUCAACAAAUCCUGGUGUCUUUAUUUCUACUAUUGCUAAAUUUAACGAAUCAUUCAAGUCAGUGAAAUUACCAACUCAAGAUUUUGAAUCCAUAUUUAGAGUUUAAUUGAUAGAUUAAGAAGUCACUAGAAAUCCUUCCCUUGAAGGAGAUUACAUGGCAGUUGGAGGAGGAACAAAGAAGUUUCCUCUUGAGUAUUCAAUUAGUGGUUGGUUCAAAUGGGAAGAGAUUGUUUAAUAAGUGUGGCAUUCAGUCUUUAGAGUGCAAAUAAACAAACCAUCAACCGAUAAGUUUCUUGGAGACAGAACAUUGUGUAUGUUCAUAGGAACAGCAUAAGGAGGAAUAUUCCAUUUUCCUACUUAUUCAUAUUAAAACAUGAAGGGAGAGGGAACUUCCAAUUUAGUCAAUAACAUUCAUCACAACAACAAACAUCUGGAUUGGUUUUUUGUGUAUUUUGGCUAUUCAAAGAAACUAAAAAAGGCAUUUGUAUAAGUAAGAUUGUCAACUGGAAUCGAAACCUUAGAAUACAAUGAUGUUAACCAUUAUUAUACACCUCAAUUCCAUACUUAUGUCGGAAAAGAUGAGCAUUUUCCAGGCUUCAAUGGUAAAAUAGCAUAUGUAAAUUUUGUUCUUGGGUCUGGCUCUUAUAGAAAUAAACCAGAUUUCAUUAUAAAGGAUGACUUAUUUGGUUAUGAAGUUGGAGACACUAAUCUCAUAAAAAAAGUCUAGAAAGUGAAUGAAUAGAAAAUACCAGCUGAUGAUGUUAAAUUAGAAGAGCCCAUCAAACCUGAAGAAGUGAAACCAGCAUUCUAUGAUAACGAAGAUAGGGAAGUAUCUUUUGAAUCUACGGCACCUGUGCUUGAAAAAGAAUAUGAAGAUUGUCCCUAAGUUUAUGGGUAUGGAUUUUGGCUUAGAUUUAUGCAUGCUUAUCCUAAGAGGCUACUGUAGGGUAAGAACGCCCCUUGGUAUUUCAUUUCUCGAUUGACAUCUAAUAGAAAAUAUGAUAAUGUGUAAAUGGGAGAUAGACUACUAGCUAUAUGGUUGGGACAAUCAUUCUAUCAUUUCACCACUUGUGAUACACAAAAGAACGAAGCCAAUAUAAUAUCAAAUAUUGAUUAUCCAGCAGAUAUUGAGGGUGUUUGGACCUAUAUACAUUAUUCAUAUAGUAAAUAAACUCAGAUGGCUAAUUCAUUUAUAAGAUAUUCAUAAUCUGAUAUUUAAUCCUCAAGUGUCUAAGUUUAACAUCCUGACGUUGAUUAUUUGAAGUUCAUUUUUGGAGGAAAUGAUUAAAAUAGAUAUCCAGGAUUCAAUGGAUUCAUAUCUAAAAUUAUGAUUACCAUUUCUAAAGAUAACUUUCUUUCAACCAAAGACGAAUUCAUAACAUUUGUUUCUAAAUUAGAACAACCUAAGAUUGGUCUCACUGAUUUCACUACCUAUUAAUUGAUUGAGAAUGAAACUCAGCGAUAAGAUUCUGAUGAAUCUCUUGUUAAAACCUUAAAUGAUAACAAAUAGAGAUUCCCUCAGGAAUAUGCCAUGAGUGGUUGGUUUAAAUGGAUUGGACCUUAGAGAACUCCAUGGCAUAAUAUUUUUAGAGUCUAAAUCCAAACACCUUCUACAGAUAUUUAUUUGGGAGAUAGGACUUUAAGCAUGUGGCUCGGUUCAAUUGAAGGAGGGGUCUUACACUUCCCAACUUAUACAUAUGAUAAUACUAAUUCCAAGGGCAAUCCUAACUAUUAUAAAAAUAUCAAACACAAUCAAAGACAUUUGGAAUGGUUUUAUGUGUAUUUUGGAUACUAGAAGUCAACUAAACUAGCAUAUGUUUAAGUAGCUUGGCCUAAAGACACUCAAGAUAUAUUGUAUUAAAAUAUCAACCAUUAUUUGACUCCUUCCUUUUACAUUUUCGUGGGAAAAGAUAACUUUUACCCAGGACUAUCAGGCAAGUUAGCAUAUGUCUAUUUCAGCCUUGGUAAUGGAUCAUUUAAAAUGAAAAAUGAAAUUACAGAUGUCGUUGAGUCUUAUUUGAAAGGAAAUGUGGUUAUAAAACCAUAGAUUUCUAAUUCUUAAAAAAAAGAAUAAGAACAAUCUACUUAAGAAAUUAAAUAGGUUAAUUCAGAUAUUAAAGUAGUUAAUCAAGAAGUUAAAUAAGUUAAUUAAGAAAUUAAACAAACUAAUUAAGAAGAGAAAUAAACUACUUAAGAAACUAAAUCAGUUAAUCAAGAAAUUAGAUAAAAUAAUUCAGAAACUCAACAAAUUAAUUAAGAAACUAAAUCAGUUAUUUCAGAAACUAAAUCAACUAAUCAAGAAACUCAGUAAGUUAAUCAAGAAACUAAAUAAACUAAUUAAGAAGUGAAAUAAACUACUUAAGAGACUAAGUAGAUUAAUUAAGAAACGAAAUAAACUAAUCAAGAAACUAGAGAAGUUAGUUAAGAAACUAAAUAAGUAAAUUAAGAGAUCAAAUAAACUACUUAAGAAAAUAAGCAAGUUAAUCAAGAAGUUAAAUAAGAAACAUAAUAAGUCAAUUAACAAACUAAAUAAGUGAGUUAAGAGACAUAACAAACCAAUUAAGAAACUAGAUAAACUACUUAAGAAGUUAAAUAAACUAACUAAGAAUCUAAAUAAGUUAAUUAAGAAGUGAAAUAAACGACUUAGGAAACUAAAUAAACUAAUGAAUAAACUAAAUAAACUAAUGAAUAAAUUAAAUAAUCUAAUGAAUAAAUUAAAUAAGCUACUUAAGAAACGAAAUAAAUUACCUAAGAAAUUAAAUAAGUUGAUUAGAAAUAAUAAACAGCUGUUCCUUAUGAUCAUGAUACUAUUAAAGAAGGCUAUUCAGAUACACCAGGAUUAAAACCUGGAAAGAUUGAUCAAUCAGAAUAGUAAGAAUGUUAAGAAUAAACAAAUGACAAAGAUACUCCCCUUGAUCGACCAAUUGAAAAGAAGUCUGUAAGUCGUACAGUUUAACAGUAAGAAUAAACGUCAGAAGAAGCUUAAGCAAUCAUUAUAGAUUCCAAAGUUGAUUAAAGUUUAAGUAAUUCUGAAUAAAACUAAGAAAUAAUUAAGAAAGUAGAUUAAAAAGUUGAGUCAAGUCAAAAUAAUGCUUAAGAAACUGAAUAAGUUACUUCAAAGGUAACUGAAACUACUUCCUAAACUAACUCAAUAACUUAGUAAACAAAUGAUUAAUCUUCUAUUACAAAUAAAUAAACCUAAUAAACCAAUGAGACUAUUUAAUAAAAUAAUAAAACAAUAUAGGAAACAAAUGAAUCCAUUUCUUAAAAUAAUAAAACAGUUUAAGAAACAAAUGAAACCACUUAAUAAAACAAUAAGACAAUUUAAGAAACAAAUGAGACUGUGUAAUAAGUUAAUAAAGCAUAAUAAGAAACAAGUUAAUCUACUUAAUAAACUACUUAAUAAACAACUUAAUAAACUACUUAAUAAACAACUUAAUAAUCUACUUAAUCAACACAAUAAUCCAAUUCAUAAACAACUGAAUCAACAUCAACUUAAACAAACUAAGAAAUCAAUUAGACUUCUUAAUAAACUGAUAAAACUACCUCAGAAAUAAACGAAUAAUCAUAAGAAUAACAUGAUUUCAAAAUUAUUGAUCAUAAAAACGAAGAAACAAUUGAUUAAUAAACUAUAGAUAUGCCAACAUAAGAGGAUGACUAUUGUGUUUAAGAUUAAGAUGAUGAAUUAGAGGAUGUUAAGGAAAUUAAGAUUAUUCCAGGAUAAACCUAUGAAAAUUAAAUAUCAAAUGACAAAGAAGGAAAAAAUCCCAUAGUUGACUAAGGAAUAACUGUGGCAAAUAAUUAUCAAGAAUAUGGUUAUGGUUUUUGGAUGAGAUUCUUAACAUUAUACCCUAAAGAGCUAAUCAAAGGAAAGGAUGCUCCUUGGUACUUCAUAAGUAGAUUGACAAGAAAUAAAAAUUACGAAAAUAUUAAGUUGGGUGAUAGAGUAUUAGCAAUAUGGUAAGGAGCAGGAUUUUACCAUUUCACUACUUAUGAUACUGAUGGAUUAAAGCCUAAUGUUCUAUUAAAUAUUGAUUAUCCAAAUGAUAUUGAGGGUGUGUGGACGUACAUUUAUUAUUCGUACAGUACAGAACUUGAAUAGGCUGUUGGACAUAUAAAAUUUGGAAAUUAAAAAUUCACCACUAUAAAGUAAAAUGUGAAGCAUGCUCCAACCACCUAUUUGAGAUUCAUUUUAGGAGGUAACGACUAGAAUAGAUUUCCAAGUUUCAACGGAAUUUUCACUAAAAUAACUUUUGGCAUAAAAAAGGGAACUUUUCUUCAGACAUCAGAGUAGCUAAUAAUGAAAUUAAAUAUUCAUGAAGUGCCUUAGUAAAUUGGGGAAGUAGCAUAGAGUGUGAGGAUAGUAGAAAACUAGGAAGCAAGAACUUCAGAGAAUAUGUAUGAAUAUAAGGAAAUAAAGAAUAAGAAAGUUAAGUUUCCCUCAGAAUAUGCGUUGAGUGGAUGGUUCAAAUGGUCUACAUUGAUGGAAAAGGAAUGGCAUAACUUAUUCAGAAUAUAGAUUAGAAAGGAAUCCACGGAUAGUUUCUUGGGAGACAGAACAUUAUCAUGUUGGAUUGGAAAGACAUAAGGUGGUGUGUAUCAAUUUCCCACUUACACGUACACGAAUAUGAUUGGUAACGGAAAUGCAAACUUAUAUAAAAAUAUCAAUUUAAAGGAUAGACAUACAAAAUGGCAUUUCAUCUAUUUUGGAUAUUCAAAGAUCAAGAGUUAGGCCAACGCUUAUGUAAAAUGGUAAGAGGAUGAAGAUUAAAUAUUGUAUGAGAAUGUGAAUCAUUAUUAUGUCAAAAGAUUAUAUGCAUAUGUUGGAAAGGAUAAGUUUUACCCAGGGUUGAAUGGUAAGAUGGCAUAUGUGGUUGUGAAUUUUGGAUUGGGUGCUUAUAAGAAUCAGAGGUAAUUUGAUGAAGAGAUUUUCAAUUUCAAUUUGGGAGUGAGAGAAUUGAUUAAACGUACUUAGGAUGUGUAAUUUUAACCAUCAAUAAGCUAAGAAAAAAUGGAGUAGAGUGGAUUUGAUUCAGAUUAGGCUAGUUUUGAACAGGAGGAAAAUGGUGAGAGACCAUUUAUGUAAUAUGGUUAUGGUUAUUGGAUGAGAUUUUUGACACUCUAUCCAAAGAAACUAUUGAAUGGUAAGACUGCACCUUGGUAUUUUGUGUCAAGAAUGACAUGGAAUAAGAAUUACAAUGAUAUAAAUAUGGGGGAUAGAGCUUUGGCAGUAUUCUUGGGAAAAGGAUUCUAUUAGUUUUCUACUUGUAAUUUGAUUACUAAGAACACAAAUCAAGAGUAGAGAAUUACUCACCCAGAUGAUAUCGAAGGAGUCUGGACAUUUGUCUAUUAUUCAUAUAAUAAGGAAUUAGGGAAGGCUGUUGGAUUUAUGAGAUUUGGAAAUGGCAAGUUUUAAUAGAUUUAGCAUACACAGGUUACACAUUAAGAUACUAAAUAUUUAAAAUUAAUUGUAGGUGGAACUGAUAAAAGAAGAUAUCCUGGAUUCAAUGGUCAAUUUGCUAAGAUAUCAUUCUCAUCAAAAGAAGGAUCUUUUGUGGAUUAGGAGAAGGUUCUGAAAUCUUAUACACUUGAGAAAAGAGUACAGAAAAUUGUAACAAUGAAUGUGUUGGGAGAUUAAUAGUAGAGGAAAACAGGGGAUGAAGGAGUUUUUGCUCAAAGUGAUAAAGUGGAUUUGCCAACCGAAUAUGCUAUUAGUGGUUGGUUCAAAUGGCUAUAGGUGGAUAAAUAGGAACCUUAGCAUAGCAUGUUCAAAGUGACAAUCAGAAAUCCUUCAGAUGAUCACUUAGGAGAUAAAACCUUAGUGGGUUAUGUAGGAACAAAUGAGAUUUAGUUUUCUACUUAUAGUUUCGAGAACAUGGAUGGAAGUGGUAAUAAAGAUCUACAAAGAAGGAUCGAGCAUAAGAAUAGGCAUUACAGAUGGUUCUUUGUUUAUUUUGGAUAUUAACAUGAGACAUCAACAUGUCAUGUCCAUAUUUAAUGGUCGGAUGAGAUGUCUUAGUAGGGAUUCGUACACAUUAAUCAUUAUUUGACAAAUCAAUUUUACAUCUAUGUUGGUAAAGAACCUCUUGUUGCUGGGUUCAAUGGAUUGAUUACAUAGGUCAAAUUCAAUAUGGGUGAAGGAGCAUUCAAAUAAAGUACUGAUUAUAAGGAUCAGGACAAUAUAUUUGGUUUUGAUUUAUAAACAAUUAGGAAGGAAGUUAAAACAUUUGAUAUCACUAAAUCUAAGGAGAAAAUUAUGAUAGACUCAAAUAGUGAUGAGGAAUCUAAUUAUCUGAAAGUGUUCAAUAAAGAUGAGUUGGAUGAGGUCUUUGAAUAUGGAUAUGGGUUUUGGUUAAGAUAUCUAAGGAAUUAUCCAAAAGUGUAAAUUGAAGGAUUAAAGUAGGAUUGGAGUUUCAUCAGUAGAUUGACUAAGAAUGAUGUUUUGCAAGAUCUUACAUUAGGAGACAGAACACUGGCAAUUUGGUUGGGCAAAGGGUUCUAUCAUUUUACUACUUACAAUUAGUAAAUCUCUAAUAUCUUCACCAAUGUGAAUCACCCUGCAGAUAUCGAAGGUUUAUGGACAUUCAUUCAUUACUCACACAAUCUUAAUAAGGAAUAGAGUGUAUCUUUCAUUUAAUUUGGUAAUGAUAAGCCAGUAAGGUCAGUGUAAUAGAGUGUUCAAGUGAUACCAACUAUUUUGAAGUUCUAUUUGGGAGGUCGACACUUGACUUACAAGGGAUUUAAUGGAUAGAUAAGUGGGGCCUAUGUUAGUGUGAAUAAAGGCAUUUAUAUUGAUAAUGAGGAGAAGUUCCAAGAUUUAUUAAAAUCUAUUCCUCAACCUACAACAUACAGAGCAGAACUGAUUCAAAACUUGUUGGUGGAGAAAAGCACAAGAUUUGAGAUGAAUUCAGAAGCGAAGCAAUUUGAGUUUGAGAAUUAGAAAUUCAGUGGAGAAUACUCUUGGAGUGGUUGGUUCAAAUGGUCGAGUGUCAUUUAAAAUGCAUGGCAUUUGGCUGUUAGGUUGUCUACACUUGAGAAUUAUGAAAAUAAAAAUAGUUUGGGAGACAGAACAUUAUGUUUAUGGAUAGGAUAGUAAGCAGGUGGAAUCCUUUAUUUCUCUACUUACACUUACACAGAUUUAUAUGGAUCGGGAAAUCCAAACAGUGUUUAAAAUGUUCAAUACAAGGAUGAUAUUGCAAAAUGGCAUUUUAUUUAUUUUGGAUAUUCAAGAGUUUAAUAGUUGGCUUAUGGUAAAGUUGAGUUUGGGUAUAGAAAAGAAUAAGUCAAUUUUGAGCAUCACCAUCAUUAUUUACCAAACAAAUUCUUUUUGUCAGUAGGCAAAGACAAAUGGCAUGAUCCUUAUUUAGGCAAUAUAGCUUAUUUGAGAUUCCAAUCAGGAUAAGGAGCAUUUUAUUAAGGAGAAUUCAAAGAAGUCAAAGAUGACUUAUUUGGUAAUAAAUUAGGAUCAAUGGAAUUAUUGAAAUCUAAGAUUAAAUUCGAUAUUGAUAAGGAUGCUAUCACUAAAAUGUUUGCAUCUCCAUAAGUGGACUAAAAGGAACCAAUAUUCUCUAAAAUAUUUAAUGAAGAAGAAUUGGACAAUGUAUCUGAAUAUGGAUAUGGAUUUUGGUGUAGAUUUUUAACUAGAUAUCCAACCUAACUUAUUGAGGGAUUAAAAGCAGAUUGGUCAUUCAUAUCAAGAUUGACUAAAAAUUAAAAUAAAGGGGACAUGAAUUAUGGCGAUAGAACUUUGGCCAUUUGGUUGGGUAAGGGAUUCUAUCAUUUCACAACUUACUCCCACAAAUAUGCAAAUGUAGUUCAUAAUAUUGAUCAUCCUGCAGAUAUUGAAGGAUUAUGGACAUUUAUCUAUUUUUCACAUAAUCUAUACAAAAAAGAAAGUGUAGCCAUGAUUAAAUUUGGAGAAGGCAAAGUAAUCAAGGGAGUGAUUCCAGCUAUUCAUUAAGCUCCAGCCUUCUUGUAAUUAUAUGUAGGUGGUAAUAAUAUGAAAUAUGCUGCCUAUAAUGGGUAAUUUGCAGGUAUACUGUUUUCGAUUGGAGAAGGAAUCUUCUUGUCUGAUGAGUCAGAUUUGAUAAAAAUUAUUAGAUAAAUUGAAAAAAGCCAAAUGAUUAUAGUUUGGAAGUUGACUACUAAAGAUAUGAUUGCAAAACCCAAGUAAUCCUUUGUUGCUUAGGAGACAGUAUUUGAUGAUGUUCCAUUGGUUGGACAAUAUUCUUGGAGUGGUUGGUUUAAAUGGAAAUAGAUGGGAUAGCAAUUCCCUUGGUAUCUAAUGGUUAGAUUAGCAAUAAUUAGGAAUACUAGUGACAUCAAAUUAUUGGGAGAUAGAACCUUAAUGGCAUUUAUGGGUCAAGGAUACAUUCACUUUACAACUUACACCUAUAAAAAUAUAUAUGGAGAUGGUACACCAAAUAUUUGGUAGAACAUAAAUCACGACGGAGAACACGUUUAGUGGCAUUUUGUAUAUUUUGGUUAUUCAAGAGCGUAAAAAUUGGCUUACGGAAAAAUCUAUUUUGAUGAUAGGGUUGAGUCUGUUUCAUUCAAGGAUACUAAUCAUUUCGUUCCAAAUUUGUUUGCUUUAACAAUAGGAAAGGAUAAAUGGUUUAAUUAAUAUAAUGGAGAUAUCGGAUACUUUAGAUUCAAUGCAGGAGAAGGUGCUUUCUAAAUGGAAAAUCACGACAAAGCUUAGAAUGAUGUAUUUGCUUUCAAAAUUGGAAGAAUUUCAACUAUCAAUCCAAAUAAGCCUCCUCCUGAGGAAGUCAGAAAGCAAGAGUAUUUUGACAAUUCUUUGGAUAGCGAAACAGUCUAUACAUUUGAGAUAUCAAAAGAUAUUUAUGAGUAAGGUUCAUAUUCACAUGUUCCUGAAAUAAUUGGAGGAAGGGGAGAGAUUACUAAGAAUGACGAGUAAAUUGAGGAGGAGAAAAAAGCAAUUGAGAGAUAAGAGUAGUAAUUGAAGAAAGAAGCCGAGAAGUUUUAGAAUGAAAAAUCAGUUGGAAUCAUUGAAAAUCAUUAUUAGUUCCCAGAUUAGGAUAAAUAAAGAGUGAUAUCAGAUGAGGCAGUCGAUAUUGUUAAAACUAAUUCAGAAUAUCCAAAGAAAGAUGGAGAUCCAUCAAAUAAAUCAUAAUAGUAGUAGCAGGAAUACAAAUCAGAUUGGGAUGGAUUAAGGUUCUAUGGAUAUGGAUUCUAUUUGAGAUAUCUUACUAUGUAUCCUCAAUAAUUGAGAGAUGGUAAAAAUGCUCCUUAUUAUUUCGUAUCACGAUUAACUUGGAAUCCUUAGCCUCAAGAUAUUGGUAUGGGAGAUAGAGUGCUAAGCAUAUUCUAAGGAUAAGGAUCUUACAGUUUCCAUACUCUAGACAGACCAUCCAAUAAUCCUAACUUAAGAACAAUUAUUCCAUAUGGUGAUAUAGAUGGAGUUUGGACAUUUGUCUAUUUCAGUUACUCUCAAGUCGAUAAGAAGGCUGUGGCAUUUAUCAAGUAUGACGACAGUGCUGAAAUAUACAGAAGGGACAUUGUUUGUAAUCAUGGGGAUGUUGAAUAUUUAAAGCUGAUACUUGGAGGAAAACAAGGGAUAUAUUAAGGAUUCAAUGGUUAAAUUGCCAAUUAUGCAUUUAAGUAUGGCAAGGGAGCGUAUAUAAAUGAUUUUGAGUUGUACAAAAGGAUUCUAUCAAAUCGAAUUCCUCAUCCUGUGGCUGAUGAUUAUAAAUUCAAUCAAAUCAAAAUUAUUGAAACUUAAGCUGGUUUCAAAGGAGAUGAAUAAACUGAUAGUAUUAAAGAAAUAGAGAGUCACUUCUAAAACGAAUAUGCCAUAAGUGGAUGGUUGAGAUGGGAUUAACCAAUUGGAGUCCCAUACUUUGCUCUUUUUAGGUUGAGUGGAUUUAAAGUAGAAGAUAACAACGAUUCUAAAUUAGGAGAUAGAGACAUGAUGCUAUUCAAACAUACCUAAUAUUACAUAUUCUAGUCUUACAAUUAUCAUAAUUUGAAUGGAGGAGGAGACUUUGCUAUUAGUUGGCAAGUGAAUCAUCAAGAAUGGGAGUAAUUCUGGCACUUUUUCUAUAUUGGCUAUAAACGAGAGAGCAAACAACUCUAUUAUUAUGUCUCAUUCAUUGAUGACGAAUUCGAUCAAGUGCAUAAUAACAUCCAUCAUUACAUCGUUCAUAAACACUAUCUCCAAUUCGGUAGAGACUACAGUAAAUUCUACAGCAAACAUAGAGGAUUCACAGGAUAAGCAACUCAAGUCUUAUUGAGUUAUGGCAAAGGAUCUUUCCAAACCAAACCCUUUAAUAAUGAUAUCUUCAUGUAUCUGAAAGGAGUCAAAGAACUCUUCUCCUCUCUAGAAUUAAUCACAAGAGAGAGUGAUCGAAAUAAAUUGUUGAUUGGUGAUGCCAACAAGCAAGGCACUCUAAUGGAUCUAGAAAUUAAUGAUGGUACUGAUUAUAACAUUAGAGGAUUGAAUGAGUAUGGAUGGGCCUUAUGGUGCCGAUGGUCUAGGACAUUAACUCGCCCUAUUCAAUAUAAAGAUGCUUGGUACUCACUUGCUAGAAUUGCCAACAGGAAAGGACAUCAAGAUCUAUAAGUCCCAGGAGAUAGAACCUUAGCCACAUGGAUAGGCAUGGGAUUCUAUCUCUUCAGUACCUACACCAGAGGAGUCUUACAAUUGACUGAAUCAAUUCCUUAUGGAAAAUUUGAAGGAUAAUGGAAUUUUAUUGUGUUUUCCUAUCGUAAAAAUUUGGCCAAGGCUAGUGUUUUGUUUGGACAAGACUCCACCAUUGUAGAGAAAGAGUUUAAGGUCAAGCACAACAUGAUUAAGGAUUAUUUAAGGUUCGUUGUGGGUUCAGAGUUUGGCUAUAAAUUCUUUAAUGGCCAUGUAGUAAAUAUCUAACUUAGAAUGGGUAGCGGAGCUUAUCUAAGCAAGGAAGAAAUAGUGAUCAUUGCUAAUGGAGAGUUGGGAUUACCUGCAGAAUCCAAAUAUGAUUAGACUAGAAAAUCUAUUGAAAUUGUGAAGGAUCGAAUUCCUAAUUCUGGGCAAGGCAGAGAAUUCGAUAUUAAAGAAGAUGUUGCUUAAGGGAAAUUGGAGUAUUCAAUAUCUGGAUGGGCCAAAUGGGUGGAUAUCCCAGCCAUUUAACCUUUGUAUAUGUUAUAUCGUGUGGCAUAUUAUGAUUACAAUGAGUUGUUGAAUUUGCAAAUCCCAGGAUCAAGAGUCUUUUAGUGUCAUAAGGCUUAUGGAUACUAUCAUUUUAAUACAUAUACAGUGGAUUAGGAGAAUGGAGGAGCAUGGUAAAUCGUGAAGAAUGUUGAUUACGACAUAACGUAACAUAAAAAUUGGGUAUUUUUCUAUCAAGGCUAUUCUCAUUAAAAGCAGUAGGUUCAUCUUUAUAUAAAAUUCCCAGGAUUCGAAGAACAUUAUACCUUUAUUAACAUUAAUCAUUUUAUUCCUCAGAGAUUUAAGGUUCAUUUUCUAUUGGAUAGAUGGAAUCCAGGAUUUAAUGGGUUCCUUGAGAGUUGGUACUUUAAUGUGGGUUCUGGAUCUUAUAAGGAAAGUGGAUAUGGCAUAGGUGAAAAUACAGAAACUACAUUCGGAUUUGGAUUGCAUAAACCAGCUCAACCCAAGAAUUGGCAAUUUAAUGAUAAUUAUGCUUGUGGAUUUACAUAAUAAAAUGUAGGUUAAGAAGUGGAAUAUAAGGAUGAUCUACAAAUAGAUGGAUUAGUUGAAUAUGGCUAUGGUAUGUGGACUAGGUUUGCCUGGAACACUCCAAUUAAGAUGAUCAAUAAACCAACAUGGACGGCAUUAUCAAGAUUGACAGUUAACCCAAAUUAUUAAGGAGAUGCUGGUUAAUUGGGAGACAGAGCUUUGGCUAUAUGGGUUGGACCUGGAUACUAUCAUUUUACAACUUCAACUAGAGGAAAUUACAAUGUAGUACAUAACAUAGAAUAUAAUCAAAUGUUGGAUGGAUAAUGGAAUUACAUUUGGUUUGGAUAUAAACGAAUAAAUGAUAAGUUGGGCACUGCCAUUGGAUAUGUUGCUUUUGAUGGUCAUUUAAUUAGAAAGACUAAUUUGGGUAAUAUUCUUUAGUAACCAUUAAAUGACUACUUAUAUUUAGCAGUAGGAAGCUCAGGAAGAUACUUUUUAGAUAGGUAUCAUCAAUUUAAUGGUCACAUUUAAAAAGUCUCUUUGAUAUUGGGACCUGGAGGUUUCUUUGAAAAUGAAGAUCUAUUGAGAAAGUAGAUCCCAUCUAAACCAGAAUUUUUGAGAAAUCAAAAGCAAUUUUCUAAAAUAGUAAUAGAUGAGAUGAAAAAUAUGAAAAGAGAAGAAUGGGUACCUGCACCUGUUGAAUUCGCUGAAGAGUUCGACGGGGCUUAUGAAUAUUCAGUGUCACUGUGGUUCAAAUGGACUAAAACGUAUAGAGUGGCAUGGGAAAACAUAUUCUCUGUGUCUUAUAAUGAAUAAAACAUUAGAGCUAAUCAUGCUAAACCAGGAGACAGAGUCUUAUCUAUGUUCUAAUAUGCAGAUCACAGAAUAUUCUUUAGUACAUAUACAACACCUGGUAAUCAUGAUUAAUUUGCUCAUUUAUACACUGAAUGUCCAGUAGAUAUCCCAUCAUAAUCUGAAUGGGUCUAUGGCUAUUAUGGUUAUAGCAGGGAUCAAAAUAAAGUGAUAUCCUAUUUACAAACUAAAACAUAGAAAUGCUUAAAGGCCUUAUCUUGUAUGCAUAGAGUACCUAAAUAUAUGGGAUUAUAUGUAGGCAAAGAUGGAAUUCAUACUCCUUACAAUGGUAAAUUCAGCAAAUUGUAUUUUAUGGGUCAUGCUGGAUCCUACAUUGAAGGAAAUUUCUAAUCUUUUGGACCUUUUGCUGCUGGUGGAAUAUCAAUAACAAAGCCAGCCUAUUUCUGGAGUGACUGGAAGGAAAGAUUUGAGAUUGCUUAUGAUUAAAAUAAAGUAAUUGAAUUAAAAGCAGAAGAAGUUGAUGAAUAAACUUCAUAUAGCAUAGGCAUGUGGACGAAAUAUUUCACUGCUAUUCCAAAAAGAUUGCUUCAAAAACCAGAUUGGCUUCAUCUUGCUAGAUUAACAAUCAAUCCUAAUCAUAAAAAUUAUGAAAAUGUUGGAGAUAGAACUUUGGCCCUUUUUAUUGGAAGAUCAUACUAUGGGUUCUUUACUUAUAACUCUGCUAAUAACAAUCCGAAUAUUGUGUAAAAUAUUAGAUACGAUGAUAAUUUUGAGGGUGAAUGGAACUUCAUCUAUUUCUCUUAUAAUUCUGAAUUACAGUUGGCAACUGGCUUUGUAAAAUUCAGUAAACUCGAUAAGAUUUAAAGAAUUCAAUUCAGAGACAUUUAACAUAAACCUAUUGAUAACUAUGCAAAAUUGGUGAUUGGAAGUGAGUUCUAAUAUCAAGGAUUUAAUGGAUAAAUAGCCAGUCUAUAGCUAGGAUUUGGCAAGAAAUUCUAUGUUCAUGAUUCAGAUGCACUAAAUAAAAUAAUUCUGGAAUUCUUCAAGCCUCCUGGAGAAGAUGAGGACGAUAACAGAAAAGUCAAUAUUGUAGAGGAGGUGAAAGAAAGAGCAUUCAAUAAUGGACCUGAAUACAGAGAAAUCUUAGAUUAGAAAGGUGCAGAGGAGUAUGCCAUGUAUGGAUGGUUUAGAUAUACAAGCACAGCAUUGAAGACACCCAAUAAUUGUAUAAUGAGAUUAACAAAUAAUGAAUAAGGUUAUAGAGGUGAAAUAAGUAGAGUUGGAGAUAGAACAUUAUUAGUAAUGUUGUAGCCAGGUGAAUAUGUAUUUGCAACUUAUUCACUUGGUAAUAUUGAUAACGGGUAAAUUGUGAAUAUUCGAAAGCCAACUCCCUAUAAAACUAAUCUAGGUCUUUGGACUUACAUUUACUUUGGUUAUCACUUUUAAAAAAGAAAAGCAUCAGGAAUCAUCAAAUAUCCAAGUGGUUAUGCUUUAGUUCCAUACGAUAAUGUAUUACACAUGGUUCCAAAUUAUUUAUUAUUCUUCUUCGGUGGAGAUGGAAUGCUUGGAGGAUGGCACGGUUAGAUGCAGAAGGUGAACUUGUUAUUUGGCAGAGGAUCUUUCGUUGAUUCUACUAAAGGAAACUUUGCAGAGAAAUUGCCAAAUCUCUAGGGAGUGGAAUCUAAGCCUUUGAUUUGGGAUGGAAUAGACAAUAAAAUAAUAGAAGUGCCAUUACCUGACAGACCAGCAUUAGAUAUUGUAUUUAAUAAAGAGGUAAAUGGAUUCAUCGAAUAUGGAUAUGGAUUGUGGACUAGAUGGUUGACUACUAUUCCAAAGAGAAUUGUAGAAAAAGCUCCAUUUCACUAAUUGAUUAGAUUAUGCAGUACAGAGUAAUACGAGGAUGCUGCAUAAUUUGGAAAUAGAGUUUUGGCUAUUUGGGUGGGUAAAGGUUAUUAUCACUUUACAACUUACAAUAAGAUUGGAAAUAAGAUCUCCACUUCUUAGAAUAUCAAUUAUGAUGACAAUUUAGAAGGAGAAUGGAAUUACAUUUACUACUCUUUCUCUAAUAAGUAAUAAGCAAGAGCUGUUGGAUUUGUAUAUUUCAGUGAGUAAUCAGGUACAGCUAUCUCUCGAGUUGAGUUUUUAAAUUUAGAACAUGUGGCUCUUAAUGGUUAUGCUAGGGUUGUGGCUGCAAAUAAGGAGUUUGGUUAUUAGCCAUUCAAUGGAAUGAUUGCAGAUUUGCAAAUUCAUUUAGGAAAUGGAUUUAUAGGUUCUAGAGAGUAAUUGAUCAAAGAAAUCAUUCAACUUAAUCCAAAGCCAUCAAUGAAUAUUUAAUCUAAAAUGGAUGUUAAUUUGAUUAAUACUGAAGUCAUCAUAAAACCAGAAGAAAAGAAAGAGAUGAAAUACAAAUAUGAUUAAUACAAAGGAGUAAAUGAAUAUGCAGUAUCUGGUUGGUUGUAAUCUAAAGUAAUGGGUUUGACAGAUGCUUAUAGAAAUGUAUUUAGAUUGACUAUCAAUCCCCCAGAAUUCUAGAAAGAUAAAUAAAAUGCAGGAGAUCGAACUCUAUCCUUGUUCUAAAGUAAGACUAAGCUAGCAUUUUCAACUUACACAUAUGGUAUAUUUGAUACAUAAGGAGAUGAUAGCAAUGAAUUUAAUCGAAUCAUCAAUUCUGGAAAUAGUAAUGGUGAAUGGGUAUUUGUUUACUUUGGAUACUAAUUCAAAUCGAAAGAGGCCUUUGCAUAUACCCUUUUCUUAAAUCGAUAGGAUAGUGCUCAAUUUAAUAACAUAAAACACUUUGUUCCUAAUUAAUUCUUCUUCUAUUUAAGUAAUGAUGGAUAUUAUCCAAUUUUCGAUGGUAGCUUAUUUGAUUGGAAUCUUUACUUUGGAGAAGGUGCAUUCAAUAAGAAACCGAAACAGAUCAUUAAUCAAUGGCCUAUUGAACCUAUUGGCGAAUUUGAAGGUGUCAUAUCAGCACUCUUAUCAAAUUAAGGUUUGAAUUCUAUGAAAAUAAUAAGACCUGAAAAAAAGGAAAAUGAAGAAAUUGUCUUUAAAAAUAAUUUCCCUAAAUCUGGAACGAUAUCUGGAAAUCCAGCUCCUCGUUCUGGCAAAGGCAAUAUCUUAAACUAUUGUUAAAUAACCUUAAUCAGGAUAGUUUGA